AUGUUGCUGCUGAAACGCAGACGAGAUAUUAUUAUCCGAGGGCUUUGGGAUUUUGGGAACGAAAACAAGCCUGCCCACUCUGGAGGGUCGUGUUUUGACUACAAGCUCACCCACUCCAUCACACUGCUCGCCCUAGUGGAUUGCGAAAACCGCAUACUCGCCUUUGAUGCCGGGGCACCAGGUCGCGUGGGGGACGCAGACACUGAUCGACAACAACGACCAUUUGUUCCCUCUCACGCGAGACUUGGAAAUGUUGGCCCAGUGCAGUACCACAUAUUGAUCGACUGUGGUUUUGCGCAAGGGCACCGCUUCGUACGACCAUACAAACGUGCUAAGGCGGAUACACCUGGCAAAAGAAGAUUCAAUGCGAAGCACAGCGGUGCCUGGCGAGCGGUUGAAUCCACGUUUGGAAUGUUGAGCAGGCGAUUCGGACUCUUCCAGACCACUAUACAGAUGGAGCCAUCCCACGCUGCUGCCGUUGUGGUGUCGUUGGUGCUACACAAUUUGGUACUUGGAUGGUGGAUGCAAAGUAGAGAAGCGGAAGGACUGCCAUCAGAGAUUCUUUGA